AUGAGCCUCCGUCUGCCUCUCUGGGGAGGCAACUUCGCCACCAUCGUCAGUGUCUACGCUCCGCCGAUGACCAGCCCUUACACUGCAAGGAACAAAUUCUAUGAGGACCUGCAUGCCUUCCUGGCGAAUGUGUCGAAGGCGGAUAAGGUGAUUGCCCUUGAUGACUUCAACGGCCGCGCCGGGUCAGACCAUGAUGCCUGGAGAGGUGUGCUGGGUCCCCAUGGUCUCGACGGCUUCUAUGGCAUUAUCUUGCUCCUUUUACGAACCUGUGCAAAACACCGCCUUAUCCGGAGGAACAUCUUCUUCCGCCUUACGAAGCGACAGAAGGCUACCUGGAGGCAUCCUCGAUCGCGUACGUGGCACCUGCUGGACUAUGUCCUCGUCCGGAGGCGAGACUAGCAGAACGUGCGAGUGACAAAGACGAUUCCGGGUAUCGAUGGGUGGAUCGACCAACGUCCCGUCAUCGCCAAGAUGCGGAUUCGCAUACAGCCUCGCAAGAGACCUCAAGGUAGGCGACCCCCAGGUAAGCUGAAUAUUGCUUUGUGGUCUUUGCCUGUUCACCACCUUCAUUUCAGCAAUGAACUAGCCUCAUGGCCAGCCAGCCUUCCAGUCGCCGCCGCCGCCACUGCUCCCGACGUGGAGGCCUUCGUGCAGAACCGAUGGUGUAAAUGCGGGACACAGUCCAGUCGACGGCCCUGGCUGUCCUCGCUCGCGCAUGUCGCCAACCUCAAGACUGGUUCGAUGGCAACGACGCCGCCAUCGGCAACCUACUCGCCGAGAAGAACUGACUGCACAAAGCCUACGCCAACCGCCCCACUGACGACAAGGCGGCCUUCUACCGUAUUCGCCGCCUUAUGCAACGGCAGCUGCGCGAAAUGCAGGACGCUUGGACGGCUCGCAAGGCCGAGGAGAUACGAGGUUACGUGGAUCACAACGAAUGGAAGAAUUUCUUCCCCGAGAUCAAGGCUGUCUACGGUCCCACAGCCAAAGCAAAUGCCCCCCUUCUCAGCGUCCACGUCAGUACCGUACUCACCGAGAAGACAUAAAUUCUUCAGCGACGGGCCGAGCGUAAUCAACCGUCCCUCCACCAUCUCCGACGCAUCCAUCGCCCGUCUGCCUCAAGUGGAGAACAAUGCCGACCUCGAUCUCCCGCCCACUCUCCACAACACCAUCGAGGCCGUACAACAGCUCUCCAGCGGGAAGGCACGGAGAUCGGACGCGAGCCCUGCUGAGAUCUACAAGCACGGUGGUCCCCAAAUCAUAGUUCAUCUGACAAGCGGAAAGGGAAUCGCCAGCUCUGUGACAACAAUCGAGGAAUCUCCUUGCAGAACAUCGCCGGGGAAAUCUUUACUCGCAUCUCUCUCAACCGUCAGAACAGUCAUCUAGAACAAGGUCUUCUGCCGGAAUUCCAGUGCGGUUUCCGUUGUCAUCGUGGGACCACGGAUAUGAUCUUCGCUCCCGUUAAGUGCAGGAGAAAUGUUAGAAGAUGCCGCCGCCGCCGCCUGCGACAGCUUCGGCCUCGUCUCCAACACGGAGAAGACGGUGGUUAUGCAUCAACCGCCACACGACGCUGCCUACGUCGCACCCAUAAUCAAUGUGAACGGCGCCCAACUGCAAGUCGUGGAAAACUUCACCUAUCUGGGCAGCACCCUCUCUCGUAACACCAAAAUCGACGAUGAAGUCGCCCACUGGAUCUCCAAAGCCAACCAACCCUUCGACCGUCUGGAACCGUCACGAUCUCCAUCUUAA